CUGAAGACAUCAUGAUGUUCGGCAAGCGCGACCUGGGCUUGGCCCUUUCAGACAAGGUCGAGGACAACGUGCUCACGCACACCCAUGACGACACGGCCGCAGACGUGGGGAGUGAGGCCGCGCGUGCCAAACGGGAUCCCACGCGCAAGAUCCAGCGGCUGCGACCCGGAGAGAUGCCUGCCUGGGUUGAGGCGGAGGAGGAGGAGGAAGGCUUUGCGAGGGCGCGUCCUUCUUCAACCGGGGCCGCGCGUGGUCCUAGCCGGUGGGAGGAGGCCAAGGAGAAACGUGGAGGGGAGGGAGGAGGGGAGGAGGAG